GGCCCAGGGUAAGUGCCCCUCGGCCACUGGAAGACUUGUCUUUGCUCUGGUGUUCCCCCAACUGAGCCUGCCUCUGGUUUCCUUUCUGUUUGCUCCCUUAUCUCCUGUCAGAGCACCAGGAGUCAGUUUGGACUCUAUGUGGAGAAGGAGCUGGGAAGUAAGGGGUUGCUUCCAAGGACAACUUCGCCUGUCUGUUGGAAGAUACAGAGCCCUCAGCCACCCUGGAGCUAACAGAGACCUAAAGCAAGCAUGCGUACGUGGUCUCUCAUCGCUAGCUCACGUGAUACGCACAGUCAGGGUGAAAGGAGAAGUUGCACUCUGAGAAUUAAGACUUUUUCCUAUACCAUCUGGUGGGGGGCACACCAACCAGUCUGUUUUCUCUUAUUCAGGCCAGUGCCAUCAUGAAUCCUCUGGUAGCCAUCUCAAGCCUUAUCCUACUUCUGACAGAUGCUGUAGUUUCUUAUACACAAGUGAGUGGAGUGGUGGGUCAACCUGUCACGCUGCUCUGCACCUACUCAGCAGCUAAUGGAGCCAUCACGACCAUGUGCUGGGGCCGAGGGCAGUGUCCUAUGUCUCGGUGCUUAGAUGAAAUUAUCUGGACUAAUGGAUCCCAUGUCACUUUUCAGAAGCACACACGUUAUAAGCUAAAGGGAAAGCUUUUGGAAGGAAAUGUGUCUUUGACCAUAGAGAAUGCAGUCCAGGCUGACAGUGGCCUGUAUUGUUGCCGUGUUGAGCACAAGGGGUGGUUUAAUGAUAUGAAACUCACCCUAUCAUUGGAAAUAAAACCAGCUGAGGUCACCAGUGUUCCAACAUCACCUAGGGCCUCUACCUCUGCUCCUCCAAUGCCAGCAGCCACGCAGAACCUCAAGCCAGUAGCUACUUUGUCUUCUCCAGUGCAGACAGCAGAAACCCAGCCUACCACCCUGCAGGAAACACGUACGACCAGCGCGCCAUUGCUCUCUUGCGCAGCAGAUGAGAAUGGCACUGUGACACAGUUUUCAGAUGGCCUUUGGCAUAACAAUCAAACUCAUGUGUUGCUGGCACAGAAUCCAUGGAUGAUCACCAGUAAGGGGCUCUCUGUUGGAAUCAGUAUUACUGCCGUGGUAGUGCUCACUUUUUUGGUUGUCAUGAUUGCCAAAAAAUAUUUGAGCAUGAGAAACAAGCAGGAGCAACUCAGUGUGGUUUCAUUUAAUGACCCCCAGAUUGGAGCUUUGCAAAGUGCAGCUGAAUUACGUGUCCGAGCAGAAGACAAUAUCUACAUUAUUGAGGACAAUGUUUACGUCAUGGAUUAAGACCCAGUGGCCUCUAAGGGUUUAUGCUCUUGACUGCAGAAGACAGUGAACAGAUAUCGCCACGUCAGACUCCUUUUAAGCUCCAGGAUGAUUUUUCUGGCAGUUUCACUUGUCAUUCCAACAUGUCAGUGAUGUUGGGUAGAGUGACUCCAGCUCCUCUGUGUACAGUCAACCUCAUUGGAAAUAUAGUCCUAAUUUUUUAUACUGAAACUGGCUCCAUC